GUAGACGACUCAAAUCGAUCCAUCCACCCAAACAUCCAUCGGCCAAUAAUUUUAUCGGGAGAGCACCAAGCUCGAUACACACCGUGCACGCAACAAUAACCAGGAUGAGCGCAACUGCCAAUGGAGGUAGUGGUAACGCAAGCAAGGCCCCAGCCGUUAGCACCGGCACCCCCACCGGGCCCUCCCGUUUGAGCAACUAUUCGUUUGUGAUCGGAACCACGCUGAUCUGCGUCUUUGUGGUAACCCUGAGCUCUAUGGAAACCCUGACUUCCCAUUUCGGAAACUUGGCGGGGAUGUCGUCGCCGGGGUCGUCGUCGUCGACCAUAGAAAUCAAGGAGAUACCCGGAAACAAAAUCGACACCGGCAGUAGUCUCCGAAAGAAGAGUAAGAGCAGCAAGAGAAGCAAGAAAGGAUCAGCGACCCUAGUAAAAAGCGGAGCAGAUGGUGCGGUGAAUCCCGCGAUUGUGAAUUGGGAUGUAGUAAACGAACCGAAAAAAGAAGGCAAACCCAAAGAGGAAAAAGAAUCGAAGACUGACGAGAGCGGCAGCAAGAAGAAACAAGGCAUCGAAAAUGGCAACGGAAACAAUGACUCAUCGUCACCAACGCCCUUCACUUCCGCGCUGGAUUCCGUCAUCGACGCCCGAAAGGACAUGAUCAAGAAGCUCAAAAAGCAGUACGGGAAAGAUAACUUUGACACCAUUUUUCGCUACGACAAAGAGGCAGACGACGCGUCAAACAAUGAAAAAUAUGACGGGGGCGUUCCGACCCAUAAAAAGCUGCAGAUGAAGUACCGGCCGAUUCGUCCGCUGGCCCCUAAGGAUCUCUACCGGACCAACCACUGGGGAAAGGAAUCGGACGAGCUCAAGGAGUACUUUCUUAAAUCGGAUGCCAAGUACUGGAACAGCGUUGAGAACUUACAGCGCAAAAUGAUGAUCAAGCUUUUGCUGCAGAAGGCACCAGAUGCAAAAGGGAAAUCUAGCAACAAAUAUGUCUGGGCCACCGGCGGUCACUCGGCCGCUGCUGGCCACGGGAAUUUGUUCAAGGAAUCUUACACCAAGGUCAUGGAGGCCACGGCGGUAUCGGUCUUUGACGCCGCCGGUCUCGAGCUCGAGGCCAGAAAUUUUGCCAUGGGAGCGACCUCUAGUGCGGCCGAGAUGUCCAUGUGCUUCAAGGAGGUUUAUGGAGACGACGUUGACAUUUUCUCCUGGGAUUUUGGCAUGCUCGAGGCCCGGUACUACCUGUCAGGACGGCUGCUUCAUUACGCUACGAGGGGUUUUCUUUCCAACCAGCAGGAUCCCCAAAGCAUCGUUCCCGCCUUUGUUGGGCUCCAGGAAUUGGACGAGUCCCGACGGAAGUCGAUGGUUGAACUCCACGACGCCUUUCGGGGCACGGGGAGCUACGCCGAGGACUCGCUCGCAGAAAACAACGGCUUGGCCCUUUUUUUGACCGAUACGUCGUACUGGAAAAUAAUGACGGAAGCAGUUCCCGAGACGUCAGGCUUGACCUCGGCCGAGAUCGAAGAACUGCCGGAACUCGUCCGGUACUUCAAGUGCAACGGGGGGAUCGAAAAGGGCGAUCCCUUUUGUGGCGAAAAGAAGUACUCCGAGGAGGUUUGUCCGAAACGCGAUGGCCAGGUCUCUUGGCAUCCGGGAUGGAAAUACCACGCGCUGCUCGGAAAUUCCAUGGCCCUCUUCCUGACGGAAAUGCUUCUGGGAAGCGUCACCACCCUUGAGAAGGAAGUUCGUGAAAUCAAAAAUGGAAAGGGCAUUAGCGACGACGACGCCCUGGCAGAAUUGUUGGGCCGUCUCCUCGAAGAGGAAAAGACGCUUCAGAACUUCAUCCACUCUGCCACAACAAAGCAACUUCCUAAGUCUCACGACAAGGUUUAUUGGUACAACAACACAGAGGAUAACUGGGAAAUGUAUCCAGAGGUCCUAGAGUACCUUUCGGUGAAUGCCACCGACGACUUUAGAGACCGUUUCAACGCUCUCGACCGCCAGGCCCUAUUUGUCGGGCCCAGCAUUUGCCACACGGCUCGCUUGCCGUCCAAAACGCGAUUUACCGGUACCCUGACCAACCAGCCCGAGAUGACCGGCGAACAAGCCAUUUUCGGCCGGGAAACUUAUUUCGUCGGGAUCAUGGAGGAGGAGUUUCACGACCAAAACGUGGCGAAACAGCAGGAGGGCAUCGUGAGCGACGACAAUCACGAGAUUACCCUGGUCUCUAUUCUAAAGGAACGCGAGAAGGAUUGCGGUGAGGAACUCGCGGCACCCGAUUACCACGAUUAUUUCAUGACGCAUUCCUCCGAGGGCUGGACGUCCCUCACCUUUCCGAACGACGCCGAACAGGCCGCCUACAACUACAAGCAAAACGCCGAUCGUUACAAGGGCAUGCUAAUCAUCGUGCCGCGGUUCUGUGGAUUUGGUCAGUGCGAGGAGGGCUUUCUCGGCUACCGCGAGUACAACGAGGGCAAGUGGGAGAUGGUUGUCAACGGGGUCCCCGUGACGGCCCUCACGAUGAUGGGCCACGAAGCCAUAUUGCUGGAGCACGAGUCCGGGAUAGUUUUCGACCGGAACAGCGAGGGCCGCUACGACCUGGAAUUCCGGGUGAACGAGCCCAACAGCUUCAUCAAGAUCUCGGCAUUCAUAAUGUAUUAAGAAACGAAACAACGCUGCAUGGUUGCGUACGGUCCCUCUGACCGUACAGCACCGACGAGCAACCCGAAGCUGGCUGCAGGACUUGUCAAAUCGAUUCGAAUCGAUGGCUCGCGUCUCAUGGCGUCGCAUCACGUUGCGCUGUGCGAUCGAACCCAACACGUACGGUAGGGCUGAGCAGAAUCGAGUCCCGGUGAAUGCAAGCCAGGUGCUUCAGAACAGGGACGACAAAUGCGCUGUUCAGCAAAGAGGAAUGGCCAUCACAAUCGGGCGUACUCGAUUCGCUUUCGAAAAGCGAGAACAAACAACAUGCGGUUCACCGCUGUUGAUGUCAAAUGGACAACACAACAGCUACCGAAUCGAAUCAAAAACUCCGAAGAGUGCCAGACUACAUCCUAACAUUAAAUUUAUUUAUUAAAA